ACCACUGCAGAGACGAAAACCAACAACCGGGCAGGUUCAGAGAAACUCCCGAGUCCACUCCCGCCUCCAGGGAUAAGGACAGCCGGAGCCCGAGGCUUCCUGCCGCUUCUCCCCAGCCUCCCCACCCGCUAAGCUCAAGACGUCCCCUCGGGCUCGGCGGCGAGGGACCUCCUUCGAAUGUUUCCCCGGAGCCUCGAAGGCUCGCUCGUGACGUAACCGCAGGACGCCCUCCUCCUCGCGCGCCGAUUGGCUGAAGCGCGCGGAGGCGGUUGCCGAACGUCGCUGUUUGUGUUUGAACGUUCCAGCGGGAGGGUGGGGCGAGGAGGGCUCCGUCGGGCAGGCGGCCGAUUCGCUGCUUGAGCAGGGCGACCCUCCGCCCCCCCCCCGGCUGGACGGCGCGGCGCGAUGGUGCCGUCUCGGUGCGUGAAGAGCGAGUACAUGAAGCGCUUCAAGGAGCCCAAGUGGGAGGCGUGCGGCCCCUGCUACCAGGAGCUGCUGCGCUACCGCCUGAGCCGGCGCCUUUUGGAGCAGGCGCACCGGCCCUGGUUUUGGGACGGCUGGGAGCAGGACAGCAGCCAGAGCGGCGGUGGUAGCGGAGGCUCCCCGUCGCCCCCGGGCACGUCCAGCCCGCCGGGUGGCCAGCAAGGAGAAGAAGCAGCGGCGCCUGGCGAAUCUGGCCUGGGCGGGGCGGCGGCAGCAGCGGGGGACGCCGACAGAUCCUGCCCCGAGGAGCCCUUGCGCGGGUCGGAGGAUGAAGACCAAGAGAAAACCGAGGAGAAAACCGAAGUUGAGAGUGGAGGCAAAAAGUCUGCCCCCAAAGGAGCUGGCGGGUCAGCAAGUUGCCCCCAAGGGCAGCCUUUGAGUCGUGGUGCUUUGGGCAGCCGGGGUGACAGAAGACGGGUGAAGAGUCCUCAAAGGAUUCAUGCGGCAAAGGGGCUGAAACACCCAUUUGCCUUGUAUGGCUGGGGAGAAAAACAGACUGAUACUGGGAGCCAGAGAACACACAAUGUCUGUGCAUCCGCUUCUGUGAAUGAAAUCCACGAGUCAGCACUGAGAGCGAAGAACAGAAGGCAAGUGGAAAAAAGGAAGCUGUCUCAGAGGCGGAUUCAUUCAGCGGAAGUAGAACAAGCCUGGAGAGCAAAAUCUGCUGCCCCAGACAACCCCUGGGUGACGGAAUACAUGAGGUGUUACUCAGGACGAGCACGGUGAUUCAACAUUUGGCUGGACCUGUCUUUUUUUAAAUUCAGAAAUAGUGUACGAAAGCAACGGGUGAAGAAUUCCAAACUCCUUAUGCAAGAUUUUUAACAAAAGGAUUUUUCCAGCAGUUUGAUAUACUUGUUUAUAUUUUGGCUACUUAUCCCUGCAGGAGAGGGAAUAAUUGAUUCCAUACUGGUGGGAACUAUGCUUAGCAGUAUAGCUUCUUUACAGAUUUUUUU